UGAAGGGAAAUGAAUAAAAUGAUCAACAAAAUGAUUUAGAGGUUACCUGAGUUAUUUGAGAAUUUCUGUUUAAUAACUAUUCUCUCUCUGUAAUACGCCGAACAUAUUCAAUUAUUUACACACCUGCUUAUUGAAAACACUUAAAAUUUCACCUAAACAUAAAAUGACGUUCGAUAUGUCUUUCUACACUGGCUUAAGCUGCGGUAUUUGUAUCGGCCUAUCAAUAUUUGCGAUUCGAAAGUACAUGAAGAUGUUUUCUAAUGCCAGUGAAACUGUUAAAAAGUUUGUAUCGAAUGAAGAAUACAAAUUGGUUCUAGUUGUCCGAACAGACCUAAGUAUGGGUAAAGGCAAAAUAGCAGCUCAAUGCUGUCAUGCGGCAGUCGGAGCCUUUGAGAAAGCACUAAAAAAAGACCCUGAAGGUUUGAAAGCCUGGCAAAUGACAGGACAGGCCAAAGUGGCCCUUAAAAUAGACUCUUUAGAGGAAAUAAAAAAAAUUGCAGACAAUGCAAAGAAAAUGGGCUUAAUCACAUCUUUAAUACGUGAUGCGGGCCGUACCCAGAUUGCACCAAAUUCAAUAACAGUUUUGGGUGUAGGACCAGCACCGAAAGACAUUAUAGACAAAGUCACCGGUCACCUUAAGUUGCUGUGAUAAUUUGUUUUCAAAAUUGGUUUAUUUUAAGUAAAUUUAUUAUUUCUUAUAAAAAUUUUGACGUUAAUCAUAUGGAUGUAAUUGUAAGUACUACUGAGAGUGUUCCAUACAACCUUACACCAUACACCUUGGAUUACAUUUCUUCAUGACUGGACUUCUCUUAAUAUAAAAUAAGAAUAGUGUAUUUAUUGGUGCUUGCAAAAAUGUGGCAAAAUUGUAAUGUAACCAAGCUAUGAAGAUUAGUCAAAUCUAUGGAAUGAACUCUAUUUUUAUACAGCACAAAAUCCUGGACCCUACGAGAUGGUAAAAAACACAGGACACGUUUGGAGUGUGGUGCUGGAGAAAAAUUUUUUGAAUAACGUGGACAGAAUGUUGGACCAAGGUGUCCAUUUUUGAACAAAUAAAAUAGUCAAGCACCUCUUCUGCACAGUGUGGUCUUUUAUCCUGGCUUUUUUGGACAAGUGCCUGAGGUGGAAUCUUUCUAUUGAGUGCUUGGUGGUGCAGCCCAGGGUAUAAAGUGUGUGGCCGCACAACAAAUCUCCCACAAGGUGUACUGGUCAAGGCUGCAACAGAUUAUCCUCUACAUAUAAAGACAGACGUGCAGCUGGAAAGCAGGACAACCACUCUGCCAAGAGUGUAGCAAUGAAGGAGUGUGUUAGUGUAGAGUUCUAGAACUAUUUUUGAGCAUUGCACAAGGCCUCAAAGUAUGGUCAUUAAAUUUACUGGAUUGUUUAUCAACUCCACUACUCUUGUAGUUCCUAAAAUAAUUUGUAAAGAAAGCCAGUGAACACCCUAUGUGUCAUGGGAUAAUAAUUCAAAAACUCCUCUUUGCUAAAAACAAAAUAGAUGCAGCUUUAGAACAGCGAUUUACAUAUUUUUUGAAGGCUGGUCAUUGACCUACCUUAUUCUGCUGUAUUGUGAAAGCUGAUUAAAACACUAGUUCGCUCAGCAUUUAAAUAAAGUAGAAAAAGAAACAUGUUUUGUAUUGAAUGCAAAAAUGCAAAUUAUAUUUCAUUUAACUGAUAUCAA